CUGCCCGUGUGAUCGUGUAUGACCCAACCUCUGCUGAGGUGCACUUUUUUCUGACACACACACCAAGUCAGGAUAUGGUGUGUUGUUUUUUUUUUUUUCUUCCUUCUAAGGGGGGGGUGGGAAGGUAAACCACCCACUGCUCCUCCCGACACCCCGAGGCUGCGGCUGUUUCGCUAAUGAAGAGCUCAAUUUAGCCAGUGACGUGCCUUCGAGCCGAGCCGUGUGCUCUGACUGGCUGAGCGCAUCGCUGACAUCACGCCGUCCGGCCGUUGAUUUGCCGCUGUCUCCGAGGCUCCGGGGCGAGAGGCUCAACCAUGGGCUCCUGCACUUAGGCACAGACGGAGCUAGCGCCGCAGACAGAGAAAGAGAAAGGGAAAGAGCGAGAGAGCGCGAGAUUGAGCAAGUAGAAGAGAGACGGAGUGGGCGAAGGGGGGCUGCUUUUGGGAGCUCGCUCGACGCAGCAGCCGACACAGCCAAUGCAGCCUCUGGUACUAUGGAAACUAAACCUCUGACCAAUGGAAAUAAUGGAGGCUACGAUGUGGCAGGUUCCUGAAGGGCAUGAGCGCCUUGUCUGCGGCCAGCGCUGUUCUGAUCUGGAGCCAGUGCUGGUGACAGGGACAUGGGCCUCUUCCUCAGGGCUUCCAGCACGCUCAGCACAAGCGACGACCUGGUCCACAGCGCCACUGAAAGGGACGCCAGGGCGGCGCCUCCACAGGCCCAGCACGCAGCAGAACAUUGGGUCCCAAGCUCCUGGUAGACGCUCCACGUAGCCUUCUCUAAUGAGGAUGUCUGAUACUGUCACUGUAAAGGAGACGAGUGAAACCAUGAGAGGUCUGGAGGCGGAGGAAAGCAACUCCGCGCCAGGGGGCGACGGCCUCAGCAAGUCCGAGAGCCGGGAGCACGUAGAGCCCGACGGGGACGAGAACUACUGCGACGAUAAGAGCGAAACACAGCGGCAAAUACCUGGACAGAGCGCAAAACGGCCCAAGUCUAACGCAAAGUUAAAGUUAGUUCGGAGCCUGGCCAUUUGUGAAGAACCCUCUCCUCCCCCAAUUACCUCUGAACUGCCGCCAGAACAUCAGGAUGAGAUUCAGAUCAAGCUCUCUCAAUCAUUCGACAAAGAGGACACUCCAGCCAGUAAAAACGAAGAUGACAGAGAGAAAAGUGCAGACAAGUUGGAAAAAUUGGAGAACAUGCAGCGCAAGAUGCUGUCAAGAGAUUCCAGUCAAGAAUACACAGACUCCACUGGCAUUGAUCUGCACGAGUUCUUGGUUAACACACUGAAAAACAACCCCAGGGACAGAAUGAUGCUGCUGAAGCUGGAACAGGACAUCCUCGACUUCAUCAGUAACAAUGAGAGCCAGAGAAGAAAGUUCCCCCCCAUGACCUCCUACCACAGAAUGCUCCUGCACCGAGUAGCUGCUUACUUUGGCUUAGACCACAACGUCGACCAAACGGGGAAAUGCGUGAUCAUCAACAAAACUAGCAAUACAAGAAUACCAGAUCAGAAGUUCUCCGAACACAUCAAAGACGACAAGACGGACGAUUUCCAGAAGCGUUACAUUUUAAAAAGGGACAACUCCAGCAUAGACAAAGAUGACAACUUGAUGCGAAUGAGGUUAAAGGAUGACAGGAGGAGUAAAUCAAUAGAAGAGCGUGAAGAGGAGUAUCAGCGGGCGAGAGAGAGAAUAUUUGCUGACGGUUUGGAUACUUUCCCGCUUGAUAAAAGGAUCCAUGAGGACGACGCUUGCAACACCACUCAGCAGAGGCGGCAGAUUUUCAGGCUGAAACAUGGCCGCUCGGGGAACGGGACCAGCCGCCAGAGCAGCUCGGAGACCGAGGCCCGUUCCUCUGAGCCGCGGCCGUGGAGCAGCACGGACUCGGACAGCUCUAACCGCAACCUGAAGCCAGCCAUGACCAAGGCGAGCAGCUUCAGCGGCAUCUCGCUGCUCAUCCGCGGAGACAGCUCCAGCAGUGGCAAGAGUGCCUCACGCCUCUCUAAAACGGGUUCUGACUCUUCUAGUAGCGUAGGUUCAUCUACGGGCUCGCUCUCUCGCUCACUGCCUCCCCCUCCUGCGGCCCCGUCCCUAAUCCAGCCGGGCCACGCUGCGCCCUUGGCCUAUCCUACCGUCAGCACUAGUAGCAGUGUGUCCUGUGAGGGUGGCAGGAGCGGGGCGCCAACAACCGCAGCUAACGCUAGCUACUAUUUGCUUCCCCUGGAAGCGGCGGGAAUACCGCCCGGGAGCAUCCUGCUCAACCCGCACACAGGUCAGCCUUUUGUGAACCCGGAAGGCAGCGCCGUGGUCUACAGCCCCAACGUGGCUCCUCAGGCUUCCAGGCCACAGCAGCCUUUGCCUCCUCCUCCACCUCCUCCUCCUCCACCUCCCGGUCCCCACCAGCAUCAAUCCGCCAAUCAUGUCAUGUCUCAGCCCCUCUGGCCUGUGCAGCCCUCCGCUCAGCCUGUGCAGUACUCGGCGGUGUCUUACCCACCACAGCUGCUCUCCGUCUCCCCUAACCAACAGUACACUGUGCAAGACAACCUGAGCACCCAGUUCAGCCACAUGAGCCUGGCGCGGCAGCCGUCAGGCGAGGCCCGGGACGCCCACACUGCCAUGUAUCCGUCCUCCGUGGUGCUCCAGGCUCCUCCUCCUCCUCAGCAGGCUGGCUACAUGGUGCCCACGCCUGGGCAGAGCAUGCCAACCCCAACCUACUCCACUCCUGCGCCAGGCCCGGUGCCCAUCAACCAGCCGGUGAUGCAGCAGCAGGGCUACAUUCAGCAGCCUAUGCAGCAGAUGCCGUGUUACUGCGCACCAGGCCAGUACCCUCUGUCCGGCCAGCAGUAUCGGCCAGUUGGCACGGUGCAGUACAAUAGCCCUCAGAGCCAGCCGAUGCCCCCUCCCCCUCCCGCUCCUACCCAACAGCCAGGUUACCAAACUGUGAUGCCAAAUCAGCAGCCGAGCUACCAGAGCGUGGUGCAGCAGCCGCCGAGUCAAACCCUGGUCAGUGGCCAACAUAGCAAUAUGGGAAAUCAAAUGCAAGGCAUGAUGGUCCAGUAUCCCUCAGUGCCAUCUUAUCAGGUAUCCAUGCCUCAAGGAUCCCAGCAGACAUAUCAGCAGCCAGUCAUUAUUCCCAGCCAGUCGAGCCAUGCGUCCAGCAUUCAGGUCUACUACAGUGUUAUACCACCAAAUCAACAGAACACCAUGAGCUCCACAGUGGGAUUCCUACCCCCUCCAGGCACGGAGCAGAUGCCGUUCCCUCGCACGUCCUCCCCCUGCAGUUCCCAACAGAUUCCCGCCCAGCAGUGCUCAGGCGUGCCUCCUCCACCCCCGGGUAGUGGCAUGGUGAUGAUGCAGCUCACAUUACCUCCAGGCCAGCAGCCACGGCCGCACUCGCCUCCACAGUGGAAACACAACAAGUACCACAGCCUGGACCAUCAACGCAGCCAGAAAUCCACCGACGUCUGCACUCUGGACAGUUCCCAAAGCAGCACUCAGCUCGGCAGCCCGUCCACAUCCCCAGCACAGUCACCCACUCCCUCCCACCUGACGAACGUCAAGAACGUCCGACCCGGCCUCACCUCCCUUCCCAUCAUGCCUCAGUUCUCCAGAUCCAUUGUUCCAGGGCAAGGUGAUGCACGGUACCCUCUCCUCGGUCAGCCUCUUCAGUACAACCCUCAGAUUCGUCCUCCUUUGCUCCACGCUCCCUCGAUGGUCACCAAUCACCAGGGCCCCGUGGGAAUUCGGCACGGCGGUCGAGGCAGGAAGGGGCCCAGGAAGGCGCUCUCCACAGAUCUCAGUUGAGUGGGCGGGUCCAGGCGGUGACGGAGCUGCCCGAGGGCAUCAGCCAUACUCACGCCGACCACCUGCAGGGGAAACUGUGCGGGGGGCCCCACACGUACGGUGCCCAUGCCUAGCCACCUCCUCCUCCCUUCUCGUCCUCUGAGCCAACCCCCACCUACACCAUCCUGUCCACGGUCCCCUCCAGGCACAGCGUCGCAGGGGGCAAAUGACAUGCCACAGCGCCUGCCUGGCACCCUUCAGUCGAGCCCUCAGCAGAAGACACAGCGAGUGGCCCCCAGUCUGUGGAGAGGGCCGACUCUCAGUGAGAGUGUUAACUGUAACUGACCCCUACCAUGACCCUUACAGCACCAGCACACCUCCCUUACUCCCCCUCACCACCUCCUUCUACUUCUCCUUCUCCUUUCUGACUCCGAGUUGCCCGUUUUUGUUUUUCCCUUUUCUUUUUUUUUUCUUUAUUUUUUAAAAAAGGAUGCGCUUUUCCUCCCUCCUGUCUCCACACUCGGGUUAUAGACACUUGCAGGGGGGGAGUGUUGUCUUUCUGAUGUUUUAGGUUUUUGGGAAAACUCAAACGAACUUCAGUUCACAGAAACUCCCAUGACAGUUCAGAUCUAUAACGUCCUCUCUAUAUUUAAUUGACUGGAACAUAUCAAAGGGCAACCUGUAUUUGUUUUUGGUUUUUUUUUUUUUUGUCUCUUUCUACUUUUUUUAAUUUUAUCUCUCUCCCUUUUUUAAAAAAAAUUAUCUGUUAACAGACUAAUAGUCCAACAAUUUUUUUUCCCCAGUCCAGCGCCGUUGAUCACAUUUACCCCUGUCUGAGGCCCUCCUGGUGCACAUCUGCCCCUCCGUACCAGCCAUCACCGCCUCGGUGUGGUCAAAUCAUGGAGUCACCUGUGUGUUACGCAGUGGGUCUCAUGUUGUGCCUUCGAUCAGAGGCCGACUUUGCUUUUCUCCGACAAAGAAAAACGAAGGCGCCUCAGUGUCUAGUGUAAAAUGACGACCCACGCAUUGUUUUGUAAAUAAUUUAUAUAGUAGCUAAAUAAUUCAAUUGUUUUCCUUUCCUCUGAAUACUGGGAAUAGGCACAGGCUGUUUUUUUUUUUUUUUUUUAAUGAUUUUUUUUUUUUUUUUGGACAUCCCUCGAUUUUAACUUUAUUUAAGAUAUCACAGCAAAUCGUCCACUCCUCACUGCUAUUUUAAUAAUCCUCAUCUCCAAUGAUUCUACUCUGCGUGUCUCCGAUUCUCUUCCUCACACACCGAAAAUGUUGUCAGAACUUUUGAUUUUCAAAAUCUUUUAAAAAAAAUUAUAUACUGGGUCACUGGAAAAAACACAAUUUGCACAUUUAUACAAUUCACUAUAUAUAUAUAUAUAUAUAUAAAUAUAUAUAUAAAUAAAUAUAUAUUUUUUCUUUUAUUUCUCAAAGAAAAUGUGUGGAUUCUGAAAGGCUGUUUAAUGUUUACUGGAGUCAUUUUUAUUUCAGUUUGAAAACCAAUAAAUGUUUACACCAAAUGAAGUCUUCAUGCCAGAUGAAAAUGAGUUCUUUCUCUCUCUCCCCCCCACGCCCAGCCUGAAAGCUGUUGGCUGGUAUAUUUAUAAUUAUCUUUUUUAAAGAUCUAAUCUUUCGACAGAGCAGGUUGCUGUCUCUAUUAGUCCACAUUUAUCAGUUCGUGGCUUUGUUAGCAUGGCUGCCUGGGCCUGUCAUCUGCUGCUCUGCCGGCUGCUAUUCAUCUCAAUAUUCCCUUUAUUGGCCCAUUUGUCUGCUACAUUAACCUUCUUCCAACCUCAUCUCUCCAAACUGCCCUACAGUUUAUCUAGAUUUUUCCUCUUUCUUCCCCCGCUGUUCUUCGCCCCACCUUUCCUUAAUAACGUCAAAGCAAUUUAGCGCAAGAAGAAUCCUGCCCACCUGGCUGCGUUUCAUAUCAGCCAGAGGGAGUGCGCUCGUGCCAGAGCCCUUUUUUCUCCUUUAUAAAAAAAAAAAAAUGGUAGCGAUCUUCAUUACCAUGUCAUUGAGCUUAUUAAUGGGUAAUUAAGUCAAACUGCAACAGUAGGACCGUGUGCUCGGUGAAAUACACCUCUCAAUGUAAUGGCAGAGUUUCGAACUUCACUGUUUAUGGAGCUUCAGCUUCCUCUGCUUAGCUGAUAGUAAUUGUUUUUAUUGCUCUCUUGAAGCACAAUAAUGCCUUUCCACACACUUUGGUUACUCAGUCAAAUAUGAGAUGAUGUACAAUCCAGUCAAGCAGAGUGUGUAAAAAGCUUUGAGAGACAAAUGUUGUCAUUUUUCUUACACUUAUUUUCCCAGUAGACACUCGGCAGACAUUUCCACACUUGAGUCUGCUUAAAGUGCUGCAGUUACAGAUUGACUCAGAAUUAAAUUAGGCCUCCAUGUCAGCUCUUCACCCUCAGCUGUCAUAUUGCUACUGUCAGCGUCUCCAUGAAUUUCCAAUUAAACCCUACGGGUGCUAUAUAACUCCGCUUUAAUGGAUGACUAUUAUUUGACGGUAAUAUCUAUUGACCCAUGGUAACACCCUCGCAGUUUUAUGAGUCAGAUUAAUAAGGCUUUCCUAUGAACAAUGGAAAGUAAGAUUAGAUGGAUCAAUUUUUGGUGAACUCUGUGACUUCGGUAGGAGGAUACGCUUUCCCCUCAAACCGCAUCCUCACUGACCUCACAUCUAUUUUGCCAAUUAACAUGUAUCUGGUCAUUAUGUUAUUAAAAUUUGCACACCACUUUCUGACAGCUGUUGUAGCCUCUGAACCAACUAUAAAAAGACGACACAUCCACAGAUACAAUCACGUUAGAGUGAGAUCUGAUAGAAAUUAUAUUACUGAAAUACUUCCCUAAUAGCAUUGAGAAGAUUCUUAUUCAGUAACUGAGUGUUUUAGAGAGUAAUUUCAUUAUUAUUGGAUUGGUUUUGGACUCAAAUAAAUAAUUAUCCAAAUUUAGAGACCUAUUAAUUGAAACGUGUGUUUCUCUUACCAGGGUGUCACACGCAUUGUGUGUUGUGUCAAUUAGUAGGAAAUAAUUUUUAAAAAAUAAAUAAAUAGUGUCUCUAAAGGAUGGUGUGCCUCAACAGUCCUCUAAAGCUCAUGAAUCAUUGUGUAAUUUAAUUUAGCUGCGGAGCUCAUUGUUGUGUCCUGCUGUCUCCAUCCUGCACUGAUGGAGUUACACUGCCCCCAGCUGGUACACUCUCAGAACUAAAGACGCCAAGCUCUACUUUUCCUUUUCGCUGGAGUGCUACCGUCAACGAUACACAUUUUAUACCCUGAGCAAGCUUUAAUUAGCUUUAGAACUACAUCAGUGGUCCUUAAUUAUUUUUAUAAGUAUAGUACACUAUAUUCUUAUUUCAAGGCAUAAGUGUGUCCUUGACAGUACAACCAUAACCACGAGGAAGAGGACAGCUUAGUACCUUUAUUUAUGAGUAAUCAUACCUGGCCUGUUCUAGUGUAUCGUAUCUACUGUCUAUCAAAAGCUCAUGUCUAUGCUUCAUCAUACAAUAACACACCCAAUCAAAUAAUCACUUAUCAUAUUUCACUGUGUGCGUUUCACUGACUAACUAGGAAUGUCAGAAGUGUAACAGGAUAUGGUCCUGUUCAACCUGAUGUUAAUGGCAGUGCUGCCUUGCACACAUUUACACAGGACUAAAUGAAUUCAAGCUUUACCCGGUUACCGUUGCUGAAAAGGGUGAUUAAAAAAAUAAUGUUAACACUUAUAGUUGUGAAUCAUUGUGGAAGACUGAAAGACCUCCAUCUAUGCUGCAACCUUUUCUUCUCUGCUCCAAACACAGUCACACACACAAAAUAUAAUAAUAAUAAUAAUAAUAAUAAUAAUAAUAAUAUCAGUACAAUAAAAAAUGUUGCUAGUAAGUGUUGAGAUUUUUGUUAUUCACCCUGUAUGUUGAAAAAGAAAAGCCAAAUUAUUCUCCCAUAAUGAAGAUACAGAAUGGAGAAAAAGCCUUAAUUAACCUAAUAAUUUUUUUUUUUUUUUUUUUAAAAGUACAGUAACACUGUGAUCUAUUAUAUGUAAGAUAUACAAGUAAUAUUACAGUCACAAUCUGUCUAGUUAUUCAUUCUCCUUUUUUUUUAAUGCAAGCAGUUCUAUACAGUAAGACUUUCAAUCAUUUUUGGGUUUCUAAGAUUUUUAGGUUUCUGUUCAUUACCUUCGUUUCUGCUGAGCAAUCGCUUCUGUUUUAACAGAAGAAAGUCUCUCUAAUAGCUUUAACUACAGAUCUUCAGAUAAUGGUGAACACUUUACACUAAUGUUCCUUAGAACAAAUGUAAGUAUUUAAAAUGAAUGAGGAAAACAUUACUACAGGAGAUACAACCACGAUUAACUCAGAGUGAAAAACAGAAUUGUGAGAGGGAUAGUUUCUGUUUCACACUGACCACGUUUGAUUUAAACACUAAUUUGCAGCUACUCUAAUAAGAAUAACGUAUUUCCUGAAGAUAAAUGAAUGAAUGCGGUAAACACCCCACACUAAAGUGUAAGGCUGAUUAAUGAAUCCUGCAUCAUGUGGUCUUGGGGAUCAAACUGCAUUUUAUAUUUCCACUUUGCCACUUUUUGAAUGGUGCAUCUGUGUUUCCUUAGACGCUUUGUGUGUGCAGGGUCAAACUUGUAGUUUGAUAUAAAAUCAGUUCAUUUGUUGCUUGAGGUAAGGUUUCAUUGCACAAACACUUCCACACCCAUAUAUGGUUCUUCCUCAAGCUGUUUCCACAACUGUUGGAAUGCAAAUGUAUAGAAUGUCUUUGUAUGUUGUAGCGUUACAAUUUCCCUUCACUGGAACUAAGAGGCUGAAACCUGUUCCAGCAUGACGAUGCCCCUGUGCACAAAGCGAGCUCCAUGAAGACAUGGUGUGUGAAGGUUGGAGUGGAAGAACUCGAGUGUCCUGCACAGAGCCCUGACCUCAACCCCACUGAACACCUUUGGGAUGAACUGGAACACUGACUGAACCCCAGACCUCCUCACCAACAUCAGUGCCUGACCUCACUAAUGCUCUUGUAGCUGAAUGAUCACAAAUCCCCACAGCCACGCUCCAACAUCUAGUGGAAAGCCUUCACAGAAGAGUGGAGCAUAUUAUAACAGCAAAGGGGGAAAAUCUGGAAUGGCAUGUUCACCAGGUACAUAUGGGUGUUAUGCUCAGGUGUGUACGUACUUUUGGCCAUAUUCAUAGUGUAUGUAUAAGAAUACUCACAAAACCCCUUCUAGCAAGCUGAAGAAAGGCUUCAAACUGUAUGCUUUGUCAUACAUACACAACUACAAAGGUAAGAAAACACCUAUUUUAUAUAUAACUCAUACCUUAUAUAAAUACAUAAAUAAUAACUUUUUGUGUCACUGAAGUGACAGUGUGUAACCAUGUGUGUAAGCAUGUAGCCCACUGGAAAUACCGUAUAACCAGUGUUUCUACUAGUACAGGCCA